UCCUCCCAGCUCUAUAAAAUUAAUUUUAUACAUGUAUAUAUAUAUAUAUUAUGUAUGUAUAUUAUUGCUCUCACCAUUCUUCUAAGUCACACCCUCUUCUGGUUUUCCGAGACAAUUCUUAGAAUUCGGAAACCCUAGAAAAUACCAUUCACAGUUGUCAUUGUCAAUUGACAUUAUCGGUUAAAUAAUUUCCACAUGGUUUCUUUCAGCGAAUUCCCUGGAAUUUCUUUUCCCGUGCUGUUAAUUUCAAUCUCGGAGCUACCAUUCCCCUAAAGUGUACAAUUUGAGUUCUACCACACCCUUUUCAGUCAUUUGAUUUUAUUUAUUGACCCGAUUUGAUUUCAAUUUUUCAUAUACGAUUGGGAAAGUUAUCAACUUGUGUAAAUUAAAUGAAUUUUGACAGUGGAAAAUUAGGGGUUUUUGUUUGAAGGGUUUGAUCCUUCGUUUGUUGUAUAUUACUGUCUUUUAUUUUUCUCCGCGAGGGAGAGAUUGUCAUCCGUUUGUGAUGGAGAGCAGUGGAGAAGCAGGGGAUGAUCAGGGUUCUGGAUGGUUGCAAGUGAAAAAGAAACAUAGAAGUAGUUCAAAGUUUUCCCUGCAAGGUUGGGUUGGGGGACUCCCUGGAAAACAGGCUUCUAAUGUUCUGCGCAGUCAGCUUUCAUCAAAUCCUAAAGGUGGAAAUGCACAUGGCAAGUGUGGACCUGGUGGCCAGCCUUCAAAAGCAGGGAGAGAUUAUGCUGUACAUGGCCAGGGCGGCGUUGCAAAUUCAACUUUUGUUUCAAAUGAAAAUGUGAAGGAUGUGCAUUACCUUGAUAAAUGUGUGGUUAGUCAAGAUAAUGAAUGCCCCAAGUUACCACUGUUAAGAGCCGUAAAUGCCAUAAAUUCUGAUAAUAAACCUGGAGAAGCUAAAGAACUUCCUCAAGAGGAUAAGCCUGAUGUUAUUCAAAAAAUAAAAUGGGGUGAUUUGAGUGAUGGCGCAUCAGUAUCACAUCGUGAAAACACUGUUAGAGCGGAAAUUAGAUUCGGUGAUAUUGUGAAUGAUAAUUUAAUUAGAAAGGAGGCCGAGAAUGCUAGUUGUUCGAAUUCAUGCAUUUCUUCUGGCACUGACACCAAACAUUACAAAAUGGUGGCAAUAUCUAUUAAUGCAGAUCAGCUUCUUCACCAGACACUUCCAUCGUCUCCAAGAGAUGAAUGUUUUGAAGAGAACUGUAAAGAGGUUAAUGAAGUAUCGGCAGAAGAUGUAAAAGUACUAAUCACAACUGAAAAAAUAGUUAAAUCAAGUGGUGACAUUUCAAAUUGCAGGGAAGCACCCUAUGAACAUGUCAACUUGGUAAAUAAUGAUGCUUUAGGUGCUAUAUGUGAAGGGGCUGGGAUGGUGGUGGAACUUGCAGCACCUGCAGUUAUAUGUGAAGAAGGUGAUUCAGAAAUUUCCGAAUUACAAGUUGAAAAUGCUGGUUCAAUCACAGAGGUAACAUCCCAAGAUUCUGAGUUACUUACGCCUGAAAAGGAUGGUCCUGAAACUCCAGGAAAAUAUAUGGUACCGACCUCCACUACAGAUUGCGAGGGUCAACAGGCUGGUACAAUUCUUGAGAAUUUGUCAAAAGGCCCAGUUAUAAAUGCCAUUGGUGCUGGUGACACUGGUGAAAGUAAAGAAAGGUUUAGGCAACGGCUUUGGUGCUUUCUCUUCGAAAAUCUUAAUAGGGCUGUAGAUGAACUUUAUCUUCUUUGUGAAUUAGAAUGCGAUUUGGAGCAGAUGAAAGAGGCCAUUCUUGUUCUUGAAGAAGCUGCAUCUGAUUUUAAAGAACUAAAAUCUAGAGUGGAGGAAUUUGAGAAAGUAAAAAGGUCCUCUCCUCAAAUGAUUGAUGAGGCACCGUUGACCAUGAAGUCGGAUCAUCGCAGGCCACAUGCACUGUCAUGGGAGGUCCGGCGAAUGACAACUUCACCUCACAGGGCAGAAAUACUUUCUUCAUCUCUUGAGGCUUUUAGGAAAAUUCAACAUGAGCGAGCUAGCAUGCACGCAGCUAAUGAUGCUGAAAGACUCGGGCCUGAUUGUUCUAAUCAACAUCGCAGAACUGCUGAUAUUCUGGAGAAUUCUGCUGGGAGAAGUUAUGCGAGAACCAAUGCUAAAGAAUCAAUGCUAAAGUUGAGGAAGCAGAGUGGAGUCUUAGAUCCUAGUCGGCGUAACUUGAGUGAAGAGAGGAGGAAUGUUGAGUCAGGCAGGUCCAGCAAAAUAAGCACAGCGCAAAAUAGUCGUCUCCCUCCACAGAAUUCAUUCACUCCUUAUACUUGUGCAUCUACACUACCUCUCAAAGAGAGUUCUGCUGCUUCUGUCAGUGGAAAGAGCAAGAGGGACCAGCAUGGUUAUAUUCCUGAAACGGAAAAGCUGCUUCCCAAGAAAGAUAAGACGUCAGAAAAUAUGGUUGAGAAAGUUCCAAAAUCUGUUGAUCACCUGAAGAAGCAAGUUCCUCUUUCUGAAAGGGAUAAGGAAAGGAGAAAUGGAACAUCCUGGAAAGCCAUGGAUGCUUGGAAGGAGAAGAGGAACUGGGAAGACAUACUUGCAUCUCCAUAUCGUGUUUCUUCCCGCUUUUCACAUUCCCCAGGUUUGGGCAGGAAAAGUGCUGAGCGUGCACGCAUCUUGCAUGAUAAACUAAUGACUCCUGAGAAGAAGAAAAAGACUGCUUUAGAUCUGAAAAAGGAAGCAGAAGAGAAACAUGCAAGGGCUACGAGGAUUAGAAAUGAGUUAGAGAAUGAGAGAGUUCAAAAGCUGCAGCGCACCUCAGAGAAAUUAAAUCGUGUUAAUGAAUGGCAGGCUGUUCGCAGCAUGAAGUUGCGAGAAGGAAUGUAUGCCCGUCACCAACGUAGUGAAUCUCGGCAUGAAGCUUUUUUGGCUCAGGUUGUUAGAAGAGCUGGUGAUGAGAGCAGUAAAGUUAAUGAGGUUCGUUUCAUUACUUCGCUAAAUGAAGAGAACAAAAAGUUAAUUUUGCGCCAGAAACUUCAUGACUCAGAGUUGAGAAGAGCUGAGAAACUUCAAGUAAUGAAGAGUAAACAGAAAGAGGAUAUGGCAAGAGAAGAAGCUGUCUUGGAACGUAAGAAGCUCAUUGAAGCUGAAAAGUUGCAGCGCCUUGCGGAGACACAGCGAAAAAAGGAAGAGGCUCAAGUAAGAAGGGAAGAGGAACGCAAAGCAUCAAGUGCAGCCCGUGAAGCAAAGUCUAUAGAACAGAUGCGGAGAAAGGAGAUUAGAGCCAAAGCCCAACAGGAGGAAGCUGAACUCCUGGCCCAGAAAUUAGCUGAAAGGCUUAGCGAAAGUGAACAGCGUCGCAAAUUUUACUUGGAGCAAAUACGGGAGAGAGCUUCAAUGGAUUUUAGGGAUCAAUCUUCACCUUUACUGCGACGUUCUUUGAAUAAGGAUGGUCAGGGUAGAUCUACACCGACUAACAGUGGUGAAGAUUGUCAGGCAAACAUCUCAGGUCCAGGAAAUUCUGUUCUUCCAAUUGGCAAUGUUGCAUUGCAACAUUCGUUGAAAAGAAGGAUCAAAAGAAUUCGUCAAAGGCUUAUGGCUCUAAAAUAUGAAUUUCCCGAGCCUCCAGUUGGUCCUGAAAGUGCUGGCAUUGGAUAUAGAACAGCUGUGGGAACUGCAAGAGCAAAAAUAGGAAGAUGGCUUCAGGAACUUCAGAGACUUCGACAAGCAAGAAAAGAAGGGGCUGCAAGUAUUGGAUUAAUAACUGCUGAAAUGAUUAAGUUUUUGGAGGGAAAGGACCCUGAGCUGCAAGCUUCGCGCCAAGCUGGUCUGCUUGACUUUAUUGCUUCUGCCCUACCAGCUUCCCACACAUCAAAACCUGAAGCCUGCCAGGUGACAGUAUACCUUUUAAGACUUCUGAGGGUAGUAUUAUCAGUGCCUGUGAACAGGAGUUAUUUUAUUGCACAAAAUCUCUUGCCCCCAAUCAUCCCCAUGCUUGCGGCAGCUCUGGAGAACUAUAUUAAGAUUGCAGCAUCAUCAAAUGUUCCUGGUGGCACCAACUUGCAAUUAAGUAAAACAUCAAUUGAUAAUUUGGACUCAAUAUCUGAAGUAUUGAAUGGAUUCUUAUGGACUGUUAUAACAAUCAUUGGUCAUAUAAGCUCCAAUGAAGGUCAACUUCAAAUGCAGGAUGGUUUACAGGAGCUUGUGAUUGCAUAUCAAGUUAUUCAUCGGCUGCGAGAUCUUUUUGCACUAUAUGACAGGCCACAGGUGGAAGGGUCACCAUUUCCUUCAUCUAUUCUCUUAGGCAUAAAUCUGUUGGCAGUUUUAACAUCCAGAUCCAGAACCAUUUCUUCCAUUGAUUGGGAAUCUUUUCCAACUGAAACUGUUCCAGGAAAUAAAACUCAAGAAGUCAAACUGGCAGAGGCUGCAGAUUUUGGAAGUUCAUCUGUAUAUGACUCUGAAGGAGAUUAUAGAACUACAUUAUCUACACUAAAUGGCAUGCCUGUACCUUUGCCAGAUGUACCAGAAGAUAGGCCCUUAGAUGAAUCAUGUAUGACAAAAAGAAAUGAUGACUUGGUAACUGUUGACAAGAAUUCUGAUAAAGUUGAGUUAAAUAGCACUGAAAUGGACACUGCAGAUAUUCCGAAUGCGCCUCAGAGUAUGCGGAUGGAUGAUACUGCCAAACCUUCUGUUUCUCAGAAGGAUGAGAAGUGCUCUGUCGAUAAUGGUGCAGAUCAAAAGAAUGAAAACAAGUUGUGCUUGAAGCAACCAGUAGCAUUUCUUCUUUCUGCCAUAUCUGAAACUGGUUUAGUCUGUCUUCCUUCCCUGUUGACAGCUGUUCUGUUACAAGCAAACAACAGAUCGUCUUCUGAACAGGUUUCAUAUGUGCUUCCAUCUAAUUUUGAAGCAGUAGCAACUGGAGUGUUGAAGGUGUUGAACAAUUUGGCUCUGAUAGAUAUUACUUUCAUGCAGAGAAUGCUAGCUAGGCCAGACCUGAAAAUGGAAUUCUUCCAUUUGAUGAGUUUUCUUCUUUCACAUUGCACAAGCAAGUGGAAAGUAGCUACCGAUCAGAUUGGUUUGCUUCUGCUCGAGUCUUUAUUGCUUCUUGGUUACUUUUCCUUGUUCCACCCCGAGAAUCAAGCUGUCCUUCGAUGGGGAAAGAGCCCUACCAUCCUUCACAAGGUAUGCGAUCUGCCUUUUGUAUUCUUCAGUGACCCUGAGUUGAUGCCAGUCUUGGCUGGCACACUAGUUGCUGCCUGCUUUGGGUGUGAACAGAACAAAGGUGUUGUUCAGCAAGAGCUCAGUACGGAUAUGCUUCUUUCCCUAUUAAGAUCUUGUAAAAGGAGUUUGCCUGCACAUCAAUCCAGUUUGAUACUAGAUAGUCCUACAACCAACUAUUCUAUUGAAUCUUUUAACUUGGGUCCCGAAUCUAGAAAAAUUCAAGGUGACAUCCAUCUUAGAUCCAGGAGAAGUCUCAGGAUUUCUUCAGGUAAGGUUGGUGCUUCAGGAAACAGCACCAGAACCGGCAAGAUGCGAAACCAGAAAGACAGCAAAUCAAUAAAACCGUAUGAAGAAAUGGCUCUGAAGAAAAAUUUGUCAGCUUCAGAAACUUCCUCUACCUUGAUGUUUCACUCAAGGUUUCCUGGAAGCUUCAUUGAUAGAGCAGAGAAUUUCUUUUCGGAAGAGUUGAACAGUUUGACUGAUCAUUUAUGAGGUAAGACUUGCUUAACAUUUGAUUUUCUGUGGUGAUAUCGGCAUUGGAGCACGUGCUGUAGGGUAGUUCUACUCUCCAAUUUGACUCAACUACAAUUGAUGGGUUAGCAGAUUAGUCAGACACUUUAUUGCGCAAGCAGUUCACUUUUUACAGACUUCGAAAACAUGUUUAAGAAACAAAUAACUACAUGGUUCCAAAGCUUGAACAAAGUAGUCUCCUGUCAAGUGCCAAAACAGCAUUUCAAAGAUGUUGAGGCCGGUCAUGACGAAGUUUUUAAUUAUGGUUGAAAAAUCCGUAGUUACAUAUGAACUUGCUACAACGAUGUAUCAUUCAUUGAAUUUCAUGAGUGACAAAUAAGGUUGCAGGAUCAGUAUUUUAAGCUGUGUUGAUUUAAUUUCUCUGACCAAAA